AUGAUACUCGUUGGCAAGCUUCAUAAGAAAAUUGAGAACCGGUAUAAAGAAAAUCGUACAGUGGAAAAAAGAGAAUAUCUGCAUUAUUCUCUUGAGCAUCUUCCAACACUGCUUAAAAUUUCAUGGUACUAUGCUUACCAUGAAAUUGUUACAAGAAUAACCAGCGGAUCGUCAAGAACAGUUGUAGCAUAUGGAGAUGGAUGUUUCUCAUUUAUCAGCCAUGGAAAUUCAUAUGGACCUAGAAAAAAAGCAUGUUGGGCUAGGAGAUAUGAUAACUUCAGAACUCCCAUUAUCUGUUAUCUCUGUGAUGGACAAGUGAAGAAUGUUGGCCGGGUUUGGCAACUCGUGACAUGUAUGAAUACAUGCACAAUUUUAUGGAAUUGGGACAUUAAUGCUUCACAUAACAUUCUUCGUGGCUUUAUCUAUUUGAACUCAAAUUGUUUACGAGCAAAAACAAUUACAGGGGAGUUGGGCGAAGAUGAAUGGUCUUUGACCCCACAUUACUUCAGUUGUGAAGGAGUUAAGAUAAGUAGAAGAGCGUUGCAAGCAAAAACUUCGUCGUCGUUAUCGUUUGAAGAAAGGAUGAAACGCGGCUUGCCUACUAAAAGAAAAAUAGCAAAUGUUAAGCAUGUUAUUGCCGUUGCUUCUGGUAAAGGUGGUGUUGGAAAAUCUACAACAGCUGUAAACCUUGCACUUGCUAUUGCAUCAACUUUUCAUUACAAAGUUGGCAUACUGGAUGCUGAUCUUUUUGGUCCUUCAAUACCAAAACUCAUGAAUCUUAAAGGUCAACCAGGUCUUACACCUGAUGAUAAAUUAAUUCCUUUGGUGAAUUAUGGAGUUAAAGCCAUGUCAAUGGGCUUUUUAGCUGAUGAAAGUUCGCCGAUUGUUUGGAGAGGCCUUAUGGUAACACUUCAACAAUUUCUUUAUCAAGUUCAUUGGGACGGACUUGAUCUCCUUGUGAUAGAUAUGCCACCUGGUACAGGUGACACACAAUUGACCAUAACUCAACAGAUUGAAUUGGAUGGCGUAGUAAUAAUAUCAACACCCCAAGAUUUAGCAUUAUUAGAUGUCAGGAAAGCUAUUAAUAUGUUUAAGAAAGUGGAUGUACCAAUUCUAGGAACAAUUCAAAAUAUGUCAAUAUUUAUAUGUCCAAAUUGUAAUCAUAAAACCCAUAUAUUUGGUAAUAAUGGAGUAGUGAAAUUAUCAAAGGAAUUAAAUGUAGAAAUGUUGGGCGAAAUUCCAUUAGAUUAUGAAAUUUGUGAUUCAAGUGAUAAAGGUAAUCCUGUUGUUCUUUUUCCUAAAAAAAUUGAUAAUAACUUUAUUAGAAAAUCUUAUGUUGAUAUUAGUAAAAAAAUUAUCAAUAAAAUUGUUGAUAAAUAG